AGUCGGCGGCUAGCGACAUUUUUAUUAAUUGGCAAGCAUUUGUUGAAAUAAAACGUUAACCACGGAUCACUUAUACUCAAUCAUUUUCGCUGCAGGCAUUUGCCGCAAUCAAAGAAUAAUCAAAUAGAAAAUCAAAACUGAGUCUGCAUUAUAAUGGCCAAUCAAAGAUUGAGCUCGUCAACAGCCGGCGGCUGCCUUUCGCUCUCAAUGCUGUUCGCCUGUCUGUGCAUCAUGGCAUCUCAACUGACCGGCAGCAAUGGGGCCGCCGUGAUGUCUGUUGAUCUCGGCAGUGAGUGGAUGAAAGUGGGCGUCGUGUCGCCGGGCGUGCCAAUGGAGAUCGCUUUGAAUCGCGAGUCCAAGCGCAAAACACCGGCCAUCAUCGCUUUCCGCGAUAAUACGCGCACCAUUGGCGAGGAUGCCCAAACAAUUGGAAUACGCGAUCCAUCGGCCGCCUAUGGCUAUCUAUUGGAUUUGCUGGGCAAAACCAUUGAUAAUCCCAUUGUUGAUCUGUACAGAAAACGCUUUCCGUACUAUACCAUCGUGGGCGACAAGGAGCGCAAUACGGUGGUGUUCAAGAAGAGCGACACCGAGGAGUUCAGCGUGGAGGAGCUGGUUGCCCAACUGCUGGUCAAGGCCAAGGAAUACGCACAAGAAUCGACACAGCAAUCGAUCACCGAAUGUGUGCUAACGGUGCCCGGAUACUUUGGUCAGGCCGAGCGAGAGGCUUUGCUGGUCGCUGCACAAUUGGCCAAUUUGAAGGUGCUGCAGCUGAUCAACGAUUAUGCGGCCGUAGCGCUCAACUAUGGCGUGUUCCAUCGCGGAGAGAUCAAUGAGACGGCACAGUAUUUCCUGUUCUAUGAUAUGGGCGCCUACAAGACAUCCGCUGCGGUGGUCAGCUAUCAGUUGGUCAAGGAUAAGCAGACCAAGGAGGUCAAUCCGGUGGUCCAGGUGCUGGGCGUUGGCUAUGAUCGAUCGCUGGGCGGCCUGGAGAUACAGCUGCGCUUGCGCGACUAUUUAGCCCAGGAGUUCAAUGCCCUGAAGAAGACCAAGACGGAUGUCACACAGAGUCCACGGGCGCUGGCCAAACUGUUCAAGGAGGCGGGUCGUGUGAAGAACGUGUUGUCAGCCAACACAGAACAUUAUGCGCAGAUUGAGAAUCUGCUGGAGGAUCAGGACUUUAAGCUGGUGGUGUCGCGCGAGAAGCUAGAGGAGCUAUGCGCUGAUCUGUGGCCACGCACCACUAAACCAUUGGAGGAUGCUCUCGCCACGUCGAACCUGUCGCUGGAUGUGAUUACUCAGGUGAUACUCUUUGGCGGAGGCACGCGUGUGCCACGUGUUCAGGAGACAAUCAAGCAGCUGAUCAAACAGGAGCUGGGCAAGAAUCUGAAUGCUGAUGAAUCGGCCACCAUGGGCGCCGUCUACAAGGCAGCCGAUCUGUCCUCUGGCUUUAAGGUGAAGAAGUUCAUAGUUAAGGAUGCAGUGAUCUUCCCCCUGCAAGUGUCCUUUGAACGUGAUCCGGGCGAUGGUGCAGCCGUGAAGCAAGUGAAGCGUGUGCUCUUCGCCCUGAUGAAUCCCUAUCCGCAGAAGAAGGUAAUCACCUUCAACAAGCACACGGAUGACUUUGAGUUCUAUGUGAAUUAUGGAGACUUGGAUCGCUACAGCGCGGAGGAUAUUGCUGCUCUUGGAAGCCUCAAUAUCACGCGCGUUGAACUGCAGAAGGUCAAGGAUCUGCUGGAGAAGUCGAAGAAGGAUCAGGUGGACAAUAAGGGCAUCAAGGCGUACUUCUAUAUGGAUGACUCUGGCAUUUUCCGUUGCACGGGCGUCGAGUAUGUUUAUGAGAAGCAAAAGGUUGACGAGGAGCAGGACGAGGAUAGCACAUUGGCCAAGCUAGGCAGCACCAUCAGCAAACUCUUCACCAAGGAGGCUGAGAAAGCUGAGGGCAGCGAAACCCCAACGCCCAAUGACCAAGAAUCCGGCGAGGAGCCAGCCGAUCCCAAGCCUGAUGAUGAAACUAAGAAGGCCGGUAAUGCCAACGACUCAGUUCCCACCAAAAAUGUAGAUGAGAACAAGGCCGAGGCCAAGAAUGAGACCAUCAAACUAGUCACCAUCAAGGCACCCGUGGCCCACAAGACAGAGAUUAGAUUUACACAGCCUUUGAGUGGCAGCGGCUACAACGACGCUCUGGCUAAGCUGCAGGCUAUCAACAAACAAGAGGAGGAGCGCGUUCGCUUGGAGUCCACAUUCAAUGCACUCGAAUCGCAUAUCAUCGAGGUCCAGCAGAAGCUGGAUGAAAAGCCUUAUGCGGAGUGUGCCACGGACGCGGAGAAGGAGGAGUUGUUAGCCGAGUGCAGCAAGCUGUCCGAGUGGCUGUACGAGGAUGAGGAUAAUCGUACGCCCGAAGUUUAUGAGGAGAAGUUGAAGCAGCUGAAAAAGCUGUCAAGUGUAUUCCUCGGUCGUCACUGGGAGCACGAGGAACGUCCGGAUGCGAUCAAGUCCUUCAAGGGCAUGAUCGAGAGCGCUGAAAAGUUCCUUCUGACGGCACGUAAUCUCACCAAGGACACAAAUCCCGAGAUGGAUGUCUUCACCCAGGUGGAGAUCGACACGCUCGUCAAAGUGAUCACAGAGUCAAGCACCUGGCUGAAGACCGAAGUCGCCGCCCAGAAGAAGCUCAGCCGGAAUGCGGAUGUGCGUCUAACGGUGCAGGAUAUGAUGAAAAAGAUGGCCACGCUGGAUCGCGAAGUUCAGUAUAUGGCCAACAAGAUGAAGAUUUGGAAACCUAAGGCGAAGGUCGAUAAGAAGCCUAAGGAGCCUGUACCUGUUGAAGAGACAGUUCAAGGCAGUGGCAGCGGUAGCGGCGACAACGCCGACUUCAAAACCGAAGAAGCGGUCAAGGACAAAGCUGAGCAGCCAAAGGAUCAGAAGGAGGAGGAGCAGGUAACACCCACUCCUACAGCCGACGCCAAAACACCACACAGCGAACUCUAAAGCAAGACUGCAUGAAAUGAACAGAAAGAGAACAUGAGAGGUAAAUCGAGAGAUAGAGAGAGAGAGAGAGAUAGCGUGAAGAAGAGAACGCAGGAUAAAUUCACAAUCGGAGAAAAUGCGAAAACAGGAACUGGAACGGGGGAAAGUUGUGCGCUUAAUGCGUUGGGCUUGCCCAGAAGGGAGGGGAAAUAACGGAUUAGGGGGACAAUCCGUUCAAAGCUUUGAAGUAGUAAAACGAAAAUGGAGGGGGCAUACGUUGGCUUACGGGUGGACGGCUCUGGUCUGAAGCCCAACGCAUUUUUCGUACAAAAUUAGAGAAAAAAAGAAUAGAUGAAAAAAAAGAGCGUUCAAUGUUUUUUUUUUUUAAUCUUAAAUUAUUAUUUCGUUCGAACUAGCUAAUGGCGGGGUUAAAUUAUGCUACUUUAAACAUAAAUCUAUAACUAAAGAAAUUCAAUGAAGUGUAAAAAUUCAAUUUUCAUUCCGUCGUGCUUUAAGUUCAUCAAUCUAUUAAUGCCUGGAUAUAUUAUCUAAUUAAAUAAAAAC